GGGCGUGCGAGGUGAGCAAUCGUCUUGUUAAUAUCGUUAAACAUCUGCUAGCAUUCGUGUUAUUUGUUGCUACUACCUACUAAAUAUCCAAGAUGAACAUUUCAACAAUGCAAAGCGCCAUAUAUUUUUUGCAUUCGAAAGGUUUUGAUAUUAAAUUUUUGUUAUCUAAAAUUAUUUCCAUAACCUGACUGAUUACCAAACUCGCGAACUUGAGAUCGUCAAUUUUCGGCAUAUAAUAUCGGGAUGGGUGCAUACAAGUAUAUGCAAGAGCUUUAUCGCAAGAAGCAGAGCGAUGUGCUCCGCUUCUUGCUGCGUGUCAGAUGCUGGCAAUACCGCCAGCUCACCAAACUCCACAGGGCGCCCAGGCCAUCCCGACCUGACAAAGCACGCCGCUUGGGAUACAAGGCUAAACAAGGAUUCGUCAUCUUCAGAAUCCGUGUUCGCCGUGGUGGCCGCAAACGCCCAGUCCCUAAGGGUGCAACUUAUGGCAAGCCUAAGAGCCAUGGUGUCAACCAGCUGAAACCCACCAGAAAGUUACAGUCUGUUGCUGAAGAACGUGUGGGAAGACGUUGUGGUGGACUCAGAGUAUUGAACAGCUACUGGGUAGCUCAGGACUCUUCAUACAAAUACUAUGAAGUUAUUCUUGUUGAUCCAGCACACAAGGCUAUCCGAAAUGACCCCAAGGUUAACUGGCUUUGCAAUGCUGUACAAAAACACCGUGAACUUCGCGGCAAGACGUCAUCGGGAAGGAGUUCUCGUGGCCUCGGCAAGGGACACAGAUUCUCACAAACAAUUGGAGGAUCACGAAAGGCAGCCUGGCUGCGCCGCAACUCCCUGUCACUCCGCAGGAAGCGAUAAGCUUUUUCAUAAACUGCGGAGCCUGUUACAGGGCUUGUACCAUUUUACAAAUAAAAUCAUUUAUUUCCCAAUU